AUGAGGACAAAGAGGGCACUACUCGCGGCACUCGCGAACAGAAGGAUCAGUCACAAUCUCGCGUGCUCUUCUUCUUCUUCGCGUAAUUCUUUGUCCUCUGUUACGUCGUCGUCGUCGUCGUCGUCGUCGUCGUGUUUUGUUGCCGUGAACAUUUCGAUUUUGGAUAAUAAAAGUUGCGCAAAAAUCUCGUUCAAGAAGAGACUUUUUCACUCUGCUACCGCUCACUUGAAGGAAGGAUUUGACGACCCGCCACCGCACAGAGCACACCACAGAGUCGUAGUUACUGGUUUAGGUUUAGUAACGCCGUUAGGUUGCGGCGUGGAACACAAUUGGAAUGAAAUCCAAGCAAGAAAAACUGGCAUCAGAACUGUUGAAAAGAAAUACAUCCACGAACAAGACUUGACGAGCGUAGGCGGCAUUAAAGUAGUUGCCAACGUCCCAAGGAAAAGGAGUAUAAAAGAAGAUAGCGAAAAUGGUAACAAGAAGGAUGCCGGUGAAAACAUGUUCGAUGAUAGUAAAUGGCACGACGACGCAAAUCGCGUCGCCCCUUUUGUCGCGUUUAGCCGAGACGCGGCGUUUCAAGCCUUACGAGAUGCGAAUAUCAUCGAUAAUGAUGGUAAUAUUUAUCAUGCCAUGACCGACGGUAGUAGUAGUAGUAGUAGUAGUAGUAGAGAUAGUAUAAAUAUUGAUCGAUUUGGUACGUCCAUAGGCGUCGGAAUGGGCGGCGUCUCGGAUAUUUCCAACGCCGGGAGACAACUGUACGAGAGCCCGAAGAAGAAACUUUCACCGCACUUCGUACCAAAAGUGCUCGCCUCCGCCGCGAGUGGCAAUUUAGCGUCUGCGUGGAACUUACGCGGCCCGACGCACUGCUCAUCUACCGCCUGCGCCGCGGGAGCGCACGCGAUCGGGGAUGCUUUUAGAACGAUUCAAAGAGGCGACGCGGAUUUGAUGCUCGCUGGCGGUGCGGAGUCCUGUUUAGAUGCGGUGAGUAUUCUGGGUUUUCGCACGGUAAGAGCGCUCACUAUGGCUCACGAUAUCUCGACGGCGUGUUUACCUUUAGAUAAAAAUCGGUCUGGAUUUGUUAUCGGGGAAGGUGCAGGGAUGUUAGUCUUAGAAAGUUACGAAUCUGCGAAGAAACGAAAGGCUACGAUUUAUGCCGAAUUGCGAGGCUACGGCACUUCAAACGACGCGUUUCACGCGACAAAACCUCCGGAGGAUGGAAGAGGAGCGCGUUUAGCCAUGGUAAAUGCUUUAGUUGACUCUGGGUUAGCUGCUACAAAUAUUGCCCACGUUAAUCUCCACGCUACCGGAACGCCUAUCGGCGACGAAGCCGAGUUUAAAGCCAUCCUCUCGCUCUUUGGCGAAGAACAUUUGAGAAAGGGAAACGUGCGCAUCUCCGCCACAAAGUCGAGCACUGGUCAUUGUCUCGGUGCGAGUGGUGCAAUCGAAGCCAUUUUCACAAUUUUGGCGUUAAGAAGUGGCGUAGCUCCCGCCACGGUUGGUUUAUCGCGACCGUUGUCGGACAUUUUGCUCGGCUGCGCGUCGGGAGAGCUUCAAGAUAUUUCCUUCUCGGCGGAGGCAAAGAGAUACGCGGCGAUGAGUAAUUCGUUUGGAUUUGGCGGCACGAACGCGAGCUUGGUUUUCUCGUUGCCACCUCCUUCUUAA